AUGGAAUAUACGUCAACCUCGAUCCGAGCGUCACACACAAUGGAUUUACUUGGCUAUAGUCGUGAAAUGAUUAAAAUUCGGCAAAAAUAUUGCGCUUAUUUUUCAGAGACUGUUGACACGCCUUAUGGAAAAUCAACGGAGUUUUAUGCCGGAAGUAAGGCCGAAGGAUUAACUGCACCAUUUGAGAAUGAUAUCGAUUCGGUUAGAGUUCCUUCACAUAUCAUUUGUACAACUGAACCUAGAAAACAUCAACACUUAUUAAUACUUCUUUUGGACCAAUAUGCUACUGCGCCUGGUUACACGCGGCUUGUUCACCACAAUCUACGGCCUGAACUUUACGAACAAAAUAAAGAAGUUAUGGUGAAUAUAUUAGGGAAGCAUUAUCUGUCGAGUACAGCGGUAAAGGAAGCAUGGAAGAAAGCAAAUGCAGGCUAUGAGGAUAUUGGGAUAGACGGUUCUGUUACACAUCAUGCUUACACGGGAAAUCACCAAGGUCCGUCAUUAACUAGUAAUUUCAGACUGAUCAAUAUGAAUCUUGACAUUGUGAAUGCAUUCACAUGUGACUGUCCGGAAUUAUUGGAACCAUGGAUAAAUCGAAGCCGUAAGCACAACUGGCCACCACCCAAUGUUGUUAAAGAGAUCUCUUUAAUGGAAGGUCACGUGGUUGCUAUAGGCAACAAGAGCAGCGGUAAUGAGUUUCUGGAAUGGAGAAUUUGUUUUACUAAAGCUGAAAUAAAGCUGAUACAAAGUUUGAAUGAUUGUCAAACAAAGUUAUUGAUUCUCUUGAAGAUGAUUGCAAAACAAGAACUGAAGCCGCUUUGUCGUGAAAUGACGUCAUACGUCAUGAAAAACGUAGUACUUUGGUUAUCGGAAAUGUAUCCAAGCAAUGUUUUUGUCAAUGAAAAUUUGAUUUCCUUACUGAAAAUGGCUCUACAAUUUGUAAAGAUAUGCCUCAUAAAUAAUGCUCUUCCAAGCUUUAUGAUUGAAGAAAGAAAUCUUUUCGCAGAUCGAGUACGACGGGAAGAAAAGUUGGCGGUCUGUGUAAAAAUUGACGAGCUUCAGAUAGAGGGACCGGACAUUAUUCUCCGAUGCAAAAGGGUAGCAGAAGGUAUGGACAAGAUCAAUACUUGUCCAGAUGAUUUUUAUCGAUAUUCUUCGAAACGCCACAUGCUGGAAAUAUCUCAUUUAGAGGGUAUCGUGUAUGACAUUGAAGCCGAAAAAAACCAUCAACAAUAUGCCAUUCGGCCUGAAAGUGUGCUUAGACUUCUUAAACUAACAGAUAACAACCCGAUGGCAUUUUUUUCUAUUUUGUCAUGA